AUGGCCGACGGCGACUUGGACCCACUAUGGCAGAACCUCGACUGGGCCAUAGGGCAUAUACUUAUUAUGGGCUGGGAUGGAACAGAGGUUACGCCCCAGAUCAAGAGCCUCAUCGAGGAUCAUCACCUCGGAUCCAUCAUCUUGACGGCCAAAAACCUCAAAUCUGCUCAACAAACCGCCAGGCUCGUGCAGGAACUCCAGACCAUUGCCAAGAAUGCAGGUCACCCUCACCCCUUGCUCAUCGCCCUGGAUCAGGAGAAUGGCGGCGUCAACAGCCUCUUUGACGAAGACUAUGUCUGUCAGUUUCCGAGCGCCAUGGGCAUUGCCGCCGCCGGCCGCGCCGAGCUGGCGUACGAGGUCACCAAGGCCACUGCUACCGAGAUCUCGGCCUGCGGCGUCAACUUGAUGCUCGGCCCCGUCCUGGACGUGCUCAACAACGCUCGCUACCAGCCGCUCGGCGUCCGUGCCACGGGAGACGAUCCCCAGGAGGUCUCUCUCUACGGCCUGGCCGCGCUCAGAGGUAUUCGCGAUGCCGGGAUGGCCUCGUGUGGCAAGCAUUUCCCCUCGUACGGGAACCUCGACUUCCUCGGGUCGAAUCUCGAUGUACCCAUCAUCACCCAGACGCUGGAGGAGUUGAGCUUGAGUGCCCUGGUGCCCUUCCGGAACGCCGUUGCCUCGGGAAAGCUGGAUGCCAUGUUUGUGGGCGGCUGCGGCAUUUCCAACCCCUCCAUGAAUGUCAGCCACGCCUGCCUCUCUGACCAGGUUGUCGAUGAUCUCCUGCGCAACGAGCUCGGCUUCAAGGGGGUUGCCAUUUCCGAGUGCUUGGAGAUGGAGGCCCUCAGCCACGACCUUGGCGUACAGAAUGGCGUUGUCAUGGCCGUAGAAGCUGGCUGUGACCUCGUCCUCCUCUGUCGUGCCUACGACGUCCAGCUCGAGGCCAUCAAGGGUCUCAAGCUGGGGUACGAAAAUGGCAUCAUAACCAAGGAGAGAAUAUUCAUGUCGCUAAGGCGGGUCCUCAAACUCAAGGCGACGUGCACCUCGUGGUCAAAGGCCCUGAAUCCUCCCGGAAUCCCUCUUCUCUCUCAGCUCCACCCCUCGCACAUGGCCUUGUCCCGGCGGGCCUACGAUCAGUCCAUCACUGUUCCUCUGCCGGCAUCCUCAAUGACCAAGAGUCUGCUCGAGGCCAAGAACAGCUACUCGGACGCUCCCACCAACCACGACGUCUGGGCACACCAGGCCAGGGAAAGAGGUGCCAUCAUGAGCGGAGAGGGUGUGUUUCGCGAGUUCGGCAAGAAUCUUGCUCGGUAUCGAAACGAAAAGCUCCUCCAUACAAGCUACACGGCCAACGGAGUCCGGCCCGUCCACGAGAAUCUCAUAAACAGAGCAUCGUGCAUCAUCAUUGUUACGGCAGAUGCCAAUCGCAACCUGUACCAAGCAGGCUUCACCAAGCACGUCGACAUGAUAUGCUCAAUGCACCGCAGCAGGGGGAACAAAAAGCAGCUGAUAGUUGUCGCCGUUAGCUCUCCGUAUGACUUUGCCAUGGACAAGUCCAUCGGCACGUACAUCUGUACCUUUGACUUUACAGAAAACGCCAUGUCUGCCUUGGUUCGGGUCCUCGUCGGCGAGAUUGACCCGGCCGGGAGCAUGCCUGGGACUCUCCGCAAGAGCAAGAAAGUGCUCAAGUCCAGGCAGCACUGGCUGGUGGAAGAGUACGAUCGGUCGCGCGAUGCCAAGGGCCUGAACGAACUCCUCCGAGCCGUCCAUCGAGCAAAUGCGCCGGAUCUUGAGUUUCUUCGGUCAACGAGCGCCUCGUCGUUGGAACUGAACGUGCCGAGCAUCAAGGAGGCCCAUUUCGUGGUGCGAAACAGCAGCACGCAGGCGCUCUAUGGGUUCGUCGCCACUUACUUCGUCGGCAGCGUGGGCAUCCUGGGCGCCCUGUUUGUCGACCCGGGAAAGCGAAACGUGUCCAUUGGACGGUCUCUGCAUCGGCGAGCGCUGAAAAGCCUCGCGCAGCAACGGGGAAUCAAAAAGGUCCAGCUCGGAACGACGUUUCCCGGCGUUUUUCUCGGCAUUCCAUCAAACAUAGAGUUGAGCACGAUCAAGGAAUGGUUCAGCAGCAGCGGCUGGGACACCCAGUUCCCCAGGAAACUGACCAACCUGGUCAUCAAGGACCUUGGCCACUGGCUCGUCCCGGAGGGGCUGCUGCAGAGCAUUCAAAGGACCAACAUCAGCUUCGACUUGAUACACGGCUUGGAAAACGCCGACAGUGUGCUCCACCAUGUGCGUGCAAACGCAAACCCCGAAGUCUCGGAGCUCUAUAGACACGCAUUGGCAGAAAACAAAUCGUGCGGCAUUGUACGCGCCAAGGACGCGACGGGGAAUUUAAUUGGUGCCGUCAUUAUCUGCCGACAGAAUAGCGCCCUUAUCACGCAUAUUCCUCCGUUGCUGUCGCAUACAGAUGAUGUAGCCGGCAUCAUUGCACCCAUCGUGCCACCGACUCCACAGUCGACGCUCGUGUUGCAGGGGCUGGCACUCAUGGGUGUUCGGCAGUGCAAGAGCCAUAAGGCUUCCAAGGCAUUGCUGAGUUGGGCUGUAGACGAUACGAGCGAGCCGCUCUUGGCGAUGGGCUUCGAGGUUCUUCAGGUCUUUGAGGAGAUCACAAGCUCUCCCGAGAUGUGA